UUUGGUUUGUGUUUCGAAUUUGGAGCGAGCGGCGCCGAGUGUAGCCGAGUGCUACCGAAUAAUAUCGAAUGGCUCGACGGUAUAAACGGAAUAAGAGAGGAUGGGGAAAGGCGAAGUUGCACGAAGAUGCACGAAGUAGGAAUCGGAGCAAGUCGGAAGUUUCGGAGCGGAGUUCGGCGCUCGGCGGCUCGGCUCGAGUUCGGACGUUCGUGGUUCGGAUUGUUCGGAGUUGAUGACGGAGCGGAGCCGCGGGCGGGCAGUCGGGCACGCGCGAGCGCGACUGCGAGCUGUGAGUUGUGACUCUGUGAGGCAAAGCGAUCGCGAGUGAACGUGUGUCGCGCGCGUCGCGUUCCCCGCGCUUUUCGUCUAUGCGUCAAAUCAACGACGUGCCUCUCUCUCCUCUUUUCUUGUUGUCUCCCUUCGCACGUUGCAUCACGUAAAAUCGCGGCCGCGUGCGCCGUUACAAGCGUAUGUAUCAUGCGUGUGUUGCAUCGCGCGUGAGUGUCCCGCGAUUAUGAUCGCGGUGUACGCAUCUUUGUUGCAUCCGUCACGUGGAUUAUCGCCGGUCCAACGAAAGGGACGUCGCGCCGGGGGAUUUUUGUUCGACUGCAAGUGAAUCUCGUAUCGACGACGAAAUCGAGAAGGACGCAUUGUAGCUGUUAUAGAAAUGCUGAAGAAUUGCCAAGAUAUUGUUGUACGGAGAUAUCGUAUGUUCUCCGUUACUCUGAAGUUUACGUAUCGCGCGUGAUGCAUAUACAGUUGGUAAUAUCCGGAAAGAUCGAAACUAUCUUCACGAAAGAAGGAUGCAACGCAUGAAGGCUGAUAAGAUGAUAGAACGGCUCGUCUUACAAACAGUUGACACGGUGUCGUGCGUACGUCAUUGAAAAUCGAAGAUCGCUCCUUCGAUCGGGGGUGGUGGCGAUGUUCAGGAACGAGUAUUUAAGCAAGACACGGAACUACGCGAGAGCUGUUAAGAAAAGGACCGUGGUAUAGUCUUACGGGCUAUUAUGACGGACUACUUGGAUCCACAUUUUGUUCGGGCUCUCUGCCGUGAUCCAGAAAGACGGACCCUUCAGGACUUGCAAAUCAUAUAUUAUGGGUUACUGGGUCUGGAGGCCUUACGUCCAUGUAGAGACUCCGUUCUUCGCGGGCUCUGCAAAAUCGUACGUUACGAGAGACACCAUGCGAACCAUGUCCUUUAUUACACCGGCGAGUUGGCUACAAGUUGGUACAUCCUUCUUUCCGGCUCUGUAUUCAUCGAUGGAUCCAUGUUCCUCCCUCGUUCAAGCUUCGGGAAGCGGACGGGUGGCAGCGCCAGGCGACCCAACGAAUGCUUCGUCCUCGAGCCCUCCGAGAUGAUUGUCAUCGACUACCCGGAAGUCCAUGGUGGAGGGAGGAUGCAUCGACCACCGCAUCCCCAUCCCAUAACCGACCACCGACAAGUCAAUCUGGUCUUCGAUGACACGUUCUCACAGGGCCUUACAGGCAGGCCGGAGCUGUAUCAGAAAUCAAACAGGAGCAGUCAUUCGAGUGACACAAGUUCAGCAUACAGUGGAUCCGACACUAUGACAUCUGUACAAAGUUCAUUAGAUGCAGAUCCUGAUGAAGUGGAUUUGUCGGGUCUUGUGGAGUCCAUUGUUGAUAGCGAUGAGGAGGAAGAUCUGGCAGAAAGCAUGGAUAGUUUAACGGUACGUGAUCCUGUACGAGAAUGUUUAGAGAAGGAUCCUGUUGAGAGAACAGAGGACGACAUAGAGACGCUUUUAGAAUUUACGCAACAAUUGAAAGCUUUCACAAAUAUGACUUUGGCUGUUAGAAGAGCGCUGUGUGCUGUGAUGGUGUUCGCGGUAGUCGAUCGUGCUGGAAUGGUGGUCCUGAAUGAUGGCGAGGAACUCGACAGUUGGAGCGUGUUAAUCAACGGUGCUGUUGAGAUUGAGCAUAGCAAUGGUGAGAUUGAACAACUCGGUCUCGGUGAUAGCUUUGGUAUCUUGCCUACUAUGGAGAGGCUGCUACAUCGUGGAGUUAUGAGAACAAAGUGCGACGAUUGCCAAUUUGUUUGUGUCACGCAAGCAGAUUAUUUUCGAAUACAACAUCAAGGUGAAGAGAAUACCAGGAGACACGAAGAGAAUGGAAGGGUAAUUUUAGUGACUGAAUUGCGGGGAGCUUUGGAUGGUGCAGCGCGAAGAGGUCACGUGGUGAUUCGAGGAACGCCAGAGCGUUUGAUGUUACAGCUCAUUGAAGAAAACAGUAUUACAGAUCCUACUUAUGUGGAAGAUUUUUUAUUGACUCAUCGAACGUUUAUCGAUAGUCCGUUGUUAGUCGCAAGUCAAUUGUUGGAGUGGUUUGAUCAAGCGCAAGUGCGAGAUCGCGUUGCACGCGUCGUGCUCUUAUGGGUGAACAAUCAUUUUACCGAUUUCGAAACUGAUCCAGCGAUGAUGGAAUUUUUAGAAGCAUUUGAAACUGGAUUGGAAAGAGAGAAAAUGUUAGGGCAGCAAAGGUUGUUAAAUAUUGCGUGUGCGGCGAAAGCGAGAACGCGGAAUGUAACGUUAGCCAGGCCAAACAGGGACGAGGUCCUAAAUUUUAGCAUUUUAGGAGGAUUUGAGAGAGGUUUUGGUAUAUUUAUCUCAAAAGUUGACAAGAGAUCCAAGGCUGAAGAUGUCGGUUUAAAGAGAGGUGACCAGAUCUUAGAAGUAAAUGGCCAAAGUUUCGAGCAUGUAAAUCAUGCGAAAGCUCUUGAUAUUUUGAGAGCUUCUACGCAUCUCAGUAUAACUGUAAAAUCUAAUUUACUUGCUUUCAAAGAAAUGCUUCAAAUGCCAGAUAAUUCUCCGAGACCUCGAGGUAGAACAAGUAAGCCGGAAAUACCAAGGCUUCAAUCGGAUCCACGAGCUAGAUUAUCAACACAUGUGGAUCCCAUGACUCCUGUAAAUCCUUUAAAUCCUAUGAUUGGUGGAGUACCAUUAUUAAUCCCGGACAACAAUGUAUCACCGUGUAAAGACUCUAAAAAGGAGCACAAGGGAUUUAUGACUCUUGGACCUAAACGGCGAUUACAGAAAGCACUUAUGAAAAUGAACAUACUGCCAAAGAAUACGAUCAACGACGGUGUACAUUUGGAUGAUCCUCUUGCUCCACCGCACACACCACCGGGAACAGGGCUUACGCAAACUACUACUAAUCUAUAUCAUUCGAAAAGUAAUCCAGAUCUUACGUCGCUUUAUUGUUACGAUGAUUUAAGGGCAAACGAUUAUCCUGAACACGUGCUCAAGGUAUAUAAAGCUGACCAAACCUGCAAAUAUCUUCUUAUUCACAAAGAAACAACGGCGCAUGAGGUAGUAAUGCUUGCACUUCAAGAAUUUGGCAUAACAGAAAGUAGUUCAAAUUUCUCUCUGGCGGAAGUAAGCGUCGGCGAAGGUGGCAUGAUUAAACAGCGUAGAUUACCAGAUCAAUUACAGAAUCUUGCUGAACGGAUCGGAUUAAGCUCUCGAUACUACUUGAAAACUAACGGAAUUUCCGAAACUUUAGUAGCUGACGAUCAAGCUCCGGAACUCAUUCGAGAGUCUCAAGUACACUUUCUGCAAUUGAAUGCCGUGGAAGUAGCAAUACAACUGACUCUGCAAGACUUCAGUAUAUUCAGACAAAUCGAGUCCACGGAAUAUGUGGAUGACCUGUUUGAAUUGAAGAGUAGGUAUGGUGUUCCUAUGCUCAGUCAGUUUGCAGAACUAGUCAACAGAGAAAUGUUCUGGGUUGUAACGGAAGUUUGUUCGGAACAUAAUCUCGUACGGCGCAGUAAGAUUAUAAAGCAAUUUAUUAAAAUAGCGCGUCAAUGCAAGGAGUGCAAGAAUUUCAAUUCCAUGUUCGCGAUCGUAUCCGGUUUAGGUCAUGGCUCAGUAUCGAGAUUAAGAGCUUCAUGGGAAAAACUGCCAACCAAAUAUCAAAGAUUAUUCAGUGAUUUACAAGAAUUAAUGGAUCCCAGCCGCAAUAUGAGUAAAUAUCGACAAUUGGUGGCGUCUGAACAAACGCAACCACCCAUAAUACCUUUCUAUCCAGUCGUGAAAAAAGACUUGACCUUUAUACAUCUUGGUAAUGACUCAAGAGUAGAAAGUCUAGUGAAUUUCGAAAAACUCAGAAUGAUCGCGAAGGAAGUGAGAACAUUAACAAAUAUGUGUUCCUCACCUUAUGAUUUACUAACUAUGUUAGAAAGGGGUGGGCAACCACCAAGUUCCGCGAUGGUAGCUUUGAACCAAAUGACUACUGGCAAUCAAGGUGGCCAAACUGCAACUGUGAAACGACGAAAAAAAUCCACGGCUGCACCAAAUCCGAAAAAAAUGUUUGAGGAAGCACAGAUGGUUCGAAGAGUGAAGGCCUAUCUCGCGAACAUGAAAGUGAUCACCGACGAAGAACGGUUACAUCAACUUUCUGUUGAUUGCGAACCACAUGCAGGAGCCGUUGCAGUUGCAGCUGCGGUACCAUUGGGUGGCAGUCGGGGAAGGAGACAUCCGUCGCCUACUCUGUCGACUACCAGUAGCGCCAGUAGUACCAGUGAAGGCAGGAAGAGUAUACAAGGUACAAAAUUCGGCGCUGCGUCGCCACAAGCAGUUAGGAAGAUGUUGGCUCUGUCUGAUCCUCAUAAGACACGACCAUAUCAACCUAAGCACUGUGCACCUCCGUUACCUGUACCGGGAUUAGCCUUGCAUUCGAGCGGUUUAGAACCUAGUCCAGGUGCACCUAGAAGAGUAGGAUCCGGCAGCAGGGUACCAAUGCACGAACGAUCCCACAGUGAUACACCUGCCAGCUUACCACCGCCUGUCGAUCUCAGUGCAGAGAGCAGUAGUGUAACUAGUUUGAGCAAUCUCCAGCCUCUAAGAAAAACCUUAACAAGUGGUUCGGUGACGAGCAGUGACAGUGGUCAUAGCACUCAACUGGACAGCCACAGCGGGAGCAGCGUGGAAGCGGGCGGCAGCCCACCGCCACCGCAAAGACGGCACUCCGCUCUGCAAGGGUCUGUUAUAAGAGGCGGAGCACCUCCGUUUCCUCACGCGGUAGCAGUGUUACCUCCGCUUCCUGCCAAUCAGAAUCACAACCACAAUCAUCAUCACCAUCAUCACCAUCACCAACAUUAUCACGAUCAUCUUCUUCAUCAUCAUCAUCACCAACCCCCAACUCCUCAAGGUACUACGGGAUUAGGAGUAAACAUGGGCCUAGGGAUGCCAGCUCCGCUGCCACCGCCUGGAGCGGGGACCACGACCAUAAUGACGACGAUGGGUGCCAUGGCGGGUAACAUGACGUCGUCGAUACGAUCCGGCAUGAGUAACACACCGCAAUGUCGUCAACCACCGGCGUACAAAGUUGCGCAGCAGAUGGCGAGAUUGCACAGACUCGGUCGUGCUAACAGCCACGAGGGGGUCACCUAUCGAGGAACCGAUCACGAAGAUGAUGACGAGGACGCUCAAGUGUCGGCGGUUUAAAUGAUCCACGAGUUUCGCCGAGUCUCAAUUAUCGUUUAGUUAAUUUUGUCAUACUGUUUUUUUUUGCACGGCCAAAAGAGAAAUCGUUGCCGGAUGAUGCCAUGCGCGAACUGUUAAGCGAAAAGAGAAUGCAAGAAAGAUCGAUAACGCUUACGAACUUUCUUCUUAUAACGGCGAAUGUCGUUUUGCAUUUGUAGCAUCCUAAUUCGAUGGCUUUUGGUCUUUAACAUGUCAUGACAUUCUCUUGAGGCGUGGGCCAAUUUUUCAUGUUGAUGGAACCUUAGACUUUACUAUGAGAAAAGGCGUUUAUUCUUAUUUAAACAGAACGCUUGUCUUCCAAGGGUCACCGCGACGAACCUGAAGGAAUCACCGAGAAUCUCAAGCGUUAAAAUAUUUAUACAACGUAUCGUGGAAAGCGACAAAUAACUGGCAAAUGUCGGUAAGCAAGAGAAAAGACGGUAGGAGAAGAAUACUUUUCUUUUAUUAGACUGAAGAAACGUUUCUCAAAUAAGCGCUCGUGGGCUUUCACGAGGUAGCGAGAAGCGAAUUAGAUGAGAGAAGGAGAGAAAAUUAUCGUAAUAUUCUAUAUAAAUGUGUAAUAAAACCAAGUCCAAAGAUGUUAUAUAUAUAUAUUGCGUGUCGCCAGAGAAAGUAUGACGGCGUGUUCUGUAAUAUAUACUUAGUAGGCUAAUCUUUAGUGUCCCAUAAUAGCAUAAGUUGGUGUAAAUAGCGUAGUGUUAUAGUAAUUAGGGAAGAGAAGUAAAGAAAUUACGAGAAAUGAGACAAAGAUUCAUUAUUUAGAAUAGUGCGAUUAGCUUUUGUGUUAAACACAAAAAACAAUAGUUUCAUCAAACACACUUUAUAUAUUUAAUAAUUAAAAAGAUUCGUCUUUUUAACAGUAAAAAAAAAUGGAAAUGUCUCAUAAUCGUUUUAGAUUUCGUUUACGUUAGUCGAAACGGUUUAUUCCAUUUUAAGCGCCUUCCUUUUUAAAAAAUUUCUAUUGCCAAUCUGACUCUGGUACAGACAAUUUAAAUUUUAUAAGGAAAGUUGAUGUACUUUUACGCUUUCGCGAAUUUUAAUAACGACGUAAUCAAGUACAAAAGAAAAAGAGUUUCUCGAAGUCUACGAUCGAGGUAAUUAUUUUUCAGAAUCGCGUAAUCUUUUUAAGCGUAUUCGUUUACACGUCACGAAAUUAUAUACUUUGCUCCAUUUAUUUUUAUAGAAUGCAUAACUAAUUUUAACUUGUAAAUAAAUUAUUAUUUUUCUAACCUUUUUUUAUUUUUCAACCUUUAAUUCGAUACUAAUUUACAUCGAUUAUCAUCGGGUUUAUAUUCUUUAUUUUAUAAAUAAUUGGGAUUAUUUGUUUCAAGUGUAAUCUGCAACAUACGAAAGAAAUUUGUUCAAAUUGUAUCUCGUAGAAUUCGAGGAUAAAGACAAAAAUAAGAAAUAACAUUUUUUCGUUACUUUACAUGUCGAUACGAGAGAAGCGGUUGGCUUUAUUACAGUAGAUUUAGCCAUGUAUAUUAAAUAUACACAGAUACAAAUGUGUGUACGUACACAUGCAUGACGCACACACACACACCCACACACCAACCCACACACACACACACACACACACACACACACACACGCUCUUGUCCUGCUUACAUGAGACUUGAGUCUUUUUAAGUAUUAUAAAGAAAUUGUAAUGCGUGCACGAUAUGUAUCGAUGCGUUAACAAAGAGGGCCUAAUUACCCAGGCACCGUUUUUACGAUUGCCAAAUAUACGGAAAUCGAAAAAACGCGCGAAAGAAUGAAUGUGUAUGUGAAAAAGAAAGACAAAAAGAAAGAGUAUUAAGAGUCAACACAGUUUUUUUUAUCUCUACCAUUAAUUACAUUCCAAACUUCGUUUUGCCUUCCUCUUAAUUAUC